CCACGUGACACAGACAGGUCCUGCCUCGAAAAAAAAAUGAUUCGAGAUCAAAAGCUCAGGUCUCCUUUAGAGAGAGAGCUCGGAGGCAGGUUGAAGGAUUGAAGGCGCCACGACCCAGUUCGGACGACAAUCAACUCCAAUUCGGAAAACCCUUCCUGGGGCAGUCAGUGUUCAUAUUCGCCGAUCCCAAUUCCUCGUUCUCUCCCCGAGUGUUCCGCCCCCGACUGUCACAAUGGAGCUCCGGAUGCUCACCAGACCAGCAGCGCAGUGCUGUCUUUCGUCGGCGAGGAGUAGCCCCCUUUUCCCACAGCCCAUACAUAUGACCAGUCGCCGGGCAAAAUCAACCGCGGGGCGGAUGAAGCGCGCCCUCAACAUCCAACCGCACCCAUCCUUCCUCGUGGCCAGCGGCUCGUCCGACAAGGCCCCAGGCGGCCACAUCAUCUUCAACCCGCCCUCGUCGGCCCCGUCCAUCUACCACACGCCCUUCAAAUUCCUCCCCAAGAACGACCCCCGGCGGCGGGCCAACCUUCCGAGCCUAUUCGACUCCUCGACCACCAUCUCCUACUCCCGCAGCACCUCAAAUCCAGCAUCCUCCUCCUCUUCCUCACCACCCACCGACCUCCCCCCCGUCCUCCACCCCUCCUACGCCCACGCCGAGAAGCUCCACAACCUGACCGAAUCCGACGUGGCCUCGAUGCGCGCCCUGCGCGCCGCCGACCCGGCCGCCAACAGCGUCGCCGCCCUGGCCCGCCGCUUCGGCUGCAGCCACCUGUUUGUGCUCAUGUGCUGCCAGGCGCCCGCCGACCACGCCGCCCGCCGCCGCGAGGGCCUCGAGCGCGUCAAGGCCCGCUGGGGCCCCGUGCGGGCGCGCGCGAGAGAGGACCGCCAGAGGAGGAGGGAGCUGCUCUUCAGGGGCGAGAUAUAGGGGGGAUUCGGAGCUGGCGUGAUGCCGGUGAUGAAUAGGGGGGAGAGGCAAAGGCAGGGCUGUAUAUGUAUCAUCGAAUCGAGUGAAGGGGGUUUGUUUGUUGUACGUUAUACGAUGUGAUAGAGCAAUCCUGGCCGGCUAGUCAUAUAGAUCGCAAAGGGGCACUUUGGGGAUGGUCACUCAGCAGAGCCGGUUGGCAGUUCAGAAAUCGGGAGCAUAUCUCCUGUCUUUGUGCAAAUAUUAUCUCUCGUUAUGUCAUGUAUUAAACGUUAUUCCAUGUGUCAACAAGCCCAGCUAGCAGUAAAUGGACGGUCAAGUUCCGCUG